ACCGAGCGAACUUCGAUCAGUCCAUUGUUCCUCCAGAGAAAAUUGAAUAGAAGUAAUUUUAUCGGGGAGAAUCCGCAAUCGCGUUAAAGUACCAAUUACAGAAAUUCAAUUUUGGACAUGAUCAGUGUGUACUUCCGGUGUGUCGCUUGCUGGAUCGUUAUGAACGAGCUUGUGAAUAACAUCGCGGGUCAGCCUGAUAACCAUCGAGACGAGUGGGUGGUUAGGGUCCAAGGCGGGCCGCAAGUCGCAUCUCUCUUAGCAUUGCAGAGUGGCUACAAGCAUCUCGGACCAGUUCUAGGAUUCGAGGACACGUACAAAUGGCUCCAAGAUGAUGGCAAUGGAUACCAGAAAAGAGGCGGAGUUCGUUUAACGAAGGCACUCAAUUCGAGCACCAAGAUCAUUUGGGCGGAUCGACAGAGGGCGGUCGAGCGACACAAACGUGAUUACGUGCCAUUAUCUAACUUCGAUUCAGAGAAACCUUUGAUAAGAGAGAAGAGGCUGGAGGUAGAUCAGUAUCGCUUGAACAGCGUAAUGGAAGAUGAUAAGGAUUGGCGACUAUUUGGAUUGAACGAUCCUGAAGACUCGAAGCUAAUGUUCAAUGAUGAACUGUGGGAUCAAGAGUGGUACCUGCAAGAUACCCGAUCGAGCAAAGCGCUUCCCAAGCUGGAUCUAAACGUUCUACCCCUCUAUCGACUGGGGGUAACUGGCCGAGGGGUGAGAAUCGCCGUUCUGGACGACGGAUUGGAGUAUACCCACGACGAUUUGCGAAACAAUUACGAUGCAGACAUUAGCUAUGACGUGAACGAAGGCGACGACGAUCCAUUGCCACGAUACGAUGUAACAGGAAUGAACGGACACGGGACAAGAUGCGCCGGGGAGAUAGCGAUGGAGGCUAACAACCGGAAAUGUGGUGUGGGCGUUGCUUUCGAGGCUUCCAUCGGCGGGAUCAAGCUGCUCGACGGUGUGGUGAACGAUCGCGUCGAGGGAGAGGCGCUCGGAUACAAACCGAAACUGGUGGAUAUUUACACGGCCUCCUGGGGCCCGGCGGACGAUGGAAAAAGUUUAGAGGCACCCGGAAGACUCGCUACGGAAGCACUCGAACGCGGUAUAAAAAUGGGCAGAGACGGCAAGGGCAGUAUUUACGUGUGGGCUUCCGGAAACGGAGGCUCCAAAUCGGACGACUGCGGAUGCGACGGAUAUGUAGGAAGCAUUUACACGAUAGCUGUCGGCUCCGCCAGUCAGACCGGAAGAUUUCCGUGGUACGGUGAAACCUGCCCAGCAACGUUAGCAACUACGUACAGCAGUGGCGCUUAUCAGGAUCAAAUGAUAGCAACAACGGACUUAAGAAAUACCUGCACGACAGGACACACCGGCACUUCCGCUUCCGCUCCAUUAGCUGCCGGGAUCCUAGCCUUAGCUUUGCAAGUAAACAACGAUUUAACUUGGAGGGACGUGCAGCACCUCAUCGUCUGGACGUCGGAGUACAGUCCACUCAGGAAAAAUCCGGGUUGGUUCCUAAACUCCGCCGGGUUUUGGUUCAACUCACGUUUCGGCUUUGGACUUAUGAACGCGUACGCUUUGGUCUCUGCCAGUUCCAAUUGGACCACUGUUCCGAACAAGACCAUUUGCAAAAUAGACGCCAACGAAAUAAUCGACAAGAAGCUGGCUUAUGGUAGUAGCAAGAAGUUGCGAUUCGAGGUAGGAGACGAAUGUCGAUCAAAAGGGAACGAGAUUACGUUUUUGGAACACGCGGAGAUCGAGGUCAGCCUCGAGUACAGUCUGCGCGGAGCGCUUCAAAUGCAUCUGACUGCACCCUCAGGGACUAAGGUGCAAAUACUGAAGCCCAGGAAGUUGGAUGACUCAGCCGCUGGUUUUGAAAAAUGGAAAUUUAUGUCGGUGGCGUCGUGGGGCGAGGAUCCGCGCGGCAGAUGGGUUCUGGACAUCUCAGACGAGAUCGGUCCAGAAGAGAACAAUGGGACAAUAGAAGCGUUUGCAUUGAUUUUACACGGAACCAAGGAAGCGCCGGAGUACCGCAAAAACGGACCUCGGAUUUACAACCAGGACUACAAUAGAAUCCGCAAAACUAACGGAAACCGAUCAAUGAAAUACGCAUUCGAGGAGAAACUGGGGUUACUGAUUCAAGAGAACGAUGCCUAUAAGAAAGAUUGGUUGGAGGAACUUCUUUGAAUAUAAAUUCACUAGCAAGUGAAAUAUCAUUCGUAGAAACAGAUUCAUCGAUCUUGCAUCUGUCUGGCUAACGUAAACGCGAGUAGUGAAAUUAUUCAACUAUGCGAUUGAAUCCAUUUGGUGAGCUAAAAAUGCAUUAAUUCAUAAAUUCUAUUGUCGUUAUUCCUUAUCUCGUUGCUUCACGUUUGUGUUAGUGAGGGAUAGAUCCAUGAGUUCGUUUGUACAGUUUGUAAACGAAGCUAAUUAAUAAAAAUGAAAAAGUACACACUGAAAAAUUAUAUAUCAUUUUUU